AUGAGUGGUGGUUUGUAUGGUGGAGAUGAAGUUGGGGCUUUGGUCUUCGAUGCCGGUUCACAUACCUUCAGAGUUGGAUUUGCAGGGGAAGAGUACCCAAAAGGUGACAUUCCAAGUCAAGUGGGCGUGCAGGAAUUGGUUGACCAAGUUGAUAGUUCAGUAGACCAAGUUGCUGCUCCCAAAAAAUCUCGUAACUACUACAUUGGUAGUACGCAUAUUGGUGUCCCAAGGCCUAAUAUGGAAAUUGCAACUUACUUGAAAACAUUUUUAGUCGAGGAUUGGGAUAUCUUUGAACGGCUUGUUGACUUUUCAUACAGAAGAGUUUUAAAUGCUGAAAGCCAGUACCAGCCAGUUUUAUGCACAGAACCUGCUUGGAAUAUUUCACCCAAAAGAGAAAAGUUGAUCGAAUUGAUGUUUGAGAAGUAUAAUGUUCCCGCCUUUUACUUGAUCAAGAAUGCUGUUUUGGCGUGCUUUGCCAAUGGGCGAACUGCCGGUUUGAUUGUUGAUAGUGGUGCGUCUCAAACUUCUGCGGUGCCUGUAUAUGAUGGUUACUGUGUUAACAGAGGAGUCGUUAGGUCUCCUUUGGGAGGUGAUUUAAUCGCUGAACAAUGUAGACUAAUGUGCGAGGAGCAAGGUAUUGAAGUGGUCCCUGCGUACAAGAUUGCGUCAAAGGCUGUUGUAAAUGAAGGUGAAAAACCGGUUUGGACACAAAAAAAAAAUCUUCCAGAAGUUACCAAAAGUUUUGAGAAUUACAUGAAAAAGCAAGUACUUGAGGAUCUUGCUAGUACAGUACUUCAGUGUUGUGACACACCAAUUGAUGUUGAAUUUGCCGAAAAGUUGCCGUCUUCUCCGUUUUGCUUCCCUUGCGGAUUCAGUAAAGAAUUCCAGGCAGAAAGAAUCAAAAUCCCUGAAGGGCUUUUUGAUUUGAAUUAUUUAAAGAAUGUUAAUAAGGAGGCACUGAUGUCGGUUUCGCAGAUUGCAGUUACUAGCUGUGGGAUGUGCGAUAUUGAUAUGAGACCGUCUCUAUAUAGUGGCCUGGUAGUAACUGGUGGCAAUUCGUUCCUGAUGGGGUUUACUGAAAGGCUUAACCACGAUUUGGCUCAUAAAUGCCCUCCUACCAUCAAAUUACGGGUUAGUGCUGCUCCGUCAUCUAUGGAAAGAAGGUUUGGAGCUUGGAUUGGCGGUUCUAUUCUAGCCUCAUUGGGCACUUUCCAACAGAUGUGGAUAUCGCGGUCGGAGUAUGAUGAUACGGGCAAAAAUAUAGUGGACAAAAAGUGCAGUUAA